UAAUCAAUAUCAAUCAUUUCUCGUCGAAUAUCACUUAACUUCUUAUCAAUAUCCAGUCAAAAAGACGACGUUUUCAUUAAAUCAAUGCAGUUACGUUCCUAACCUUAUUGCUAUUAAUCAUUACAAUAUAUAUAUAUACUCAUACAUUAUAUAAAUGAUAUAUAAAAUAAUUAUUUAAAAAAAACAAACGAUAUGACACGUGUUUACAAGUGUUUACAGAAUCUGUUGAUAGAACGCCACUGAUUAAACACGAAAGAACGAUAGUUCACGAGACUGCGCUGUUUGUCACGUCGAUAGUUAUUUCAGAGGUAGGAGGGUGGAAAAGAGGUAAAAAGGAACGAGGGAAGGGUUUAUUACCUCGCUAUCAACGUCAAACUUUUGUCUACUUUGUCUGUAAACAUAUCGUCUCGAAUUUAACGAUUAUUUUAUAUUUAUUCAUGUGCAAUAAUUUGCUUUUAAAAAAAUAAUAUUCUAUAAGUGCAUUAGAAAAUAUAUAAAUGAAUAUAAAAAUGAUUUUUUUUAUCUCAGCCUACUACUAUUUGAAAACUGGGAAAAAACGUGAUUAUUACUAGUAGGUGCUAGCUAUAUGUUAACUAAUCCAAACAAAGGAAAACCAUUUCAAUUUAAAGCUGCAAGUAUAGCUAGAUUUGGACGAUCACUUAUGAUAGGAUUAACAGUAUCCUUAGAUUACUGGAUAGCUCCGUUAAUCGGUCACACAGAAUCUGAAAUUCAUCAGCGAGCAGCAGAUCGUAUCGUACAAGGGUGUUUACAAAACGGAGGAAUAUAUAUUAAACUUGGACAAGGCUUAGGGGCUGUUAAUCAUAUCCUGCCUAAAGAGUAUGUUAAUUCUUUAGAAAUUUUACAGGAUAAAUGUUUGAUACGUGGUGAAAAUGAAUUACGAGAAAUAUUUAUGCAAGAAUUUGGAAAAGAACCUAAGAAGGUAUUUAAGAAGAUCGACGAACAACCUAUCGCAGCUGCUAGUUUAGCACAGGUUUACAAAGCAGAAACUAUGGACGGUAAGCUUGUAGCUGUUAAAGUACAAUACAUUGAUCUCAGAGACAGAUUUUAUUCCGACAUGAGAACAUUAAAUUAUUUACUUAAAAUUAUUACAAUUAUGCAUCCGAAAUUCAAUUUACAUUGGGUAAUAGAUGAACUUUUUGAAACGUUAGCACAAGAAUUAGAUUUUGAAAUGGAAGGGAAAAAUUCUGAGAGAUGUGCCAAAGAUCUUAAAAAACAUGAUUAUGUACAUAUACCUAAAGUUUAUUGGGAUCUCAGUACGAAGAGAAUUCUUACAACUGAAUGGAUCGAUGGUAUCAAAAUAAACAAUGUUAAAGAAUUAAAGAGCAAAGGACUAAACUUACGCGACAUAGAUACUAAAUUAAUUACUUUAAUGGCAGAACAAAUUUUUCAUACAGGAUUCGUUCACGGUGAUCCUCAUCCUGGCAAUAUUUUUGUUAGGAAGGGACAUGAUAAUAAAGCACAAAUAGUUCUAUUGGAUCAUGGAUUAUACGAGUAUUUACCAGAGAAAACAAGAAUUAGUUUAUGCAAUUUUUGGGAAUCUAUGAUAUUAAAAAAUAAUCAUGCUUUGAAUGUCUAUGGUAAAGAAUUGAAUGUCGAGGAUCCUAUUCUUUUAGCUGAAAUGUUAACUCAAGCGCCGUAUUCGUUAUCGCCAUUUUUAAUGGCUGAGAAAGGAAAGAAAACGGAAGAACAUAUGAUUAAACAAGCCCAAGAACAUUUUGAUAAGAUUGCAGCAACGUUAAGAACGAUGCCUAAAACUAUGAUGUUAAUUAUUAGAAAUUUAAAUACUAUUCGUGCUAUCGUACAAGAUCAUGGGAAUAUAAUAGAUCGUUAUAGAAUAAUGGCAAAAAUUGCUGUACGUGGAAGAUACAAAGUUACAAAUUUAUCGAUUAAAAAAUACAUCAAAGGAACGAUAUACAAAGUAAAAUUUGAGACAUAUUUAUGGCUAUACAGUUUCAUUCAAUGGUUACUUAAAACUUAUUUAAAUGUUUUAUGGUUAAUGGGAUACGACACUAAACAAGUUGUCCAACUUGUAGCGACACAAUCUUUCGUUAUUUAAUUAAUUAAUCAAAUAUAUAAAAGCUUAAUCUUUGAUUUUUAUAGAAAGAAAAUACAUGAUAAAAUUAAUUACGAUAAGCAUACAUUCUGUAAAGAUUAUUUUAUGUAAAAGAAUAUAUCAUUAUAUUGUAUAUUACGAACGGUUCGUUCGGAUUAAACCAUCGAAUUAAAAAAAAUUGAGAUUUAAUUAAUAUAAUCCAAUACUAAGAUGAAAUUCUUUUAUAUAUGAAAUGUGAAGAAAAAAAAACAAAAUAAAAAAUAUAGAUAUAAUAUUUUUGUAAUAUAAGCUAGUUUUAAUAAUAACUUGUUAUACACUUGCAUUUAUUGUUACUAAAAAAUAAUAAUGCACCUCUCCAUUUAUAAUAUAACUUGCUAAGUAAAACUUAUAAUGGUGUAAACGUGAGCAAAGUUUUACUAAUUAUAACAAUAUUAUUUUCUUACUUGUAUUUAUAAUUUCUUUUUGUUUUUGUAUUUUGUUACAAAUUAUAACGAUGCUUCUUUUUUCUAUAUUAUUUUCUUUCAUUAUUGUAACUAAUUAAUUUGUGACCGUAAAGAAUGUAACAAAAUCCUUCCAAAUAAAUUUUAUUACCUA